AUGCAGGCGUGCCCUCGACCCAACUUCAACUUUGCCGUAUAUCUCGGAUCCCUGGCCGCCACCAACACGUGCUCGUCCACAUUGCUGGGAGCAUUGAUAGCGUUUGUUGCCAUUUUUGCUCCCGGGAUAAUUAUCGUGUCAGGUGUGAUGGGGUUUUGGAAGGAACUUCGGUCGCGGAGAUGGUUGGUCUCGCUUCUGAGGGGUAUCAACGCCGCGGCUGUCGGGUUGGUGUACACGGCAGUUUACAGGCUUUGGCAGAUUGACCUCUUGGAUGAGACGAGAGGGAAUGGCAGCCCGCUUGGCGGUGACCCAUGGUGGGUGGCUAUCACUGCGACAAGCUUUGUCGGCGGGCGAUGGUUUGGGCUGAGUGCACCGUUUGCAAUAUUGCUGGGUGGUGCCAUGGGCCUUGUCCGGUAUGCCAUAGUCAAGGCUUGA